ACCGCCCCUGCCGCUCCAGCUGUUCCCACCGCUGUCCGCCUGCUGUUCCUCCGCUGCUCGCUGCUGCCUGCCUGCCCUCAUUUCCAAUGCAGCAGCGACCAUGACAGGCAUCGCCGCUGCUUCUUUCUUCUCCAACGCUUGCAGGUUCGGGGGCUGCGGACUUCACUUCGACUCUCUGGCCGAGCUCAUCGUGCACAUCGAGGAUAGCCACAUCGACACAGACCCCCGUCUUCUGGAGAAGCAGGAGCAGCAGCAGCCGACAUAUGUUGCCCUCAGCUACAUCAACAGGUUCAUGACAGAUGCUGCACGGCGAGAACACGAGGCCGUGAAGAAGAAGGUGCAGCCCAAGUUGUCUCUGUCCCUGACAGGCAGUCUGUCUCGCAGCGGUAGUUCCGCUCCGACGCGCCACACCAGUGGAAACCUCACCCCUCCGGUCACCCCACCCAUCACACCUUCCUCUUCUUUCCGCAGCAGUACACCCACAGGUAGCGAGUGUGAUGAGGAGGAGGUAGACUUUGAGGAGUCUGACAGUGACGAGUCGUGGACCACAGAGAGCGCCAUCAGCUCCGAGUCCAUCCUCAGUUCUAUGUGCAUGAACGGAGGAGAUGAGAAGCCUUUUGCUUGCCCUGUGCCAGGCUGUAAAAAGAGAUACAAGAAUGUGAACGGGAUCAAGUAUCAUGCCAAGAACGGCCAUCGAACCCAGAUAAGGGUGCGCAAACCCUUCAAGUGCCGGUGUGGGAAGAGUUACAAAACGUCUCAGGGUCUCCGCCACCACACCAUCAAUUUCCACCCACCCAUCUCUACUGAAAUCAUCCGCAAGAUGCAGCAGUAGAGAGAGAGAGAGCGACCAGCACUCUUCUUCAGGCCACUUCCUGAACAUCUGAACAUCUCCAUCACCAGCAAUGGCUGUUUCUCAUUCCACCCUUUUCACCUCAUCCUGAAACCCCCACCCCCUUCUCUUUCUCUCUCUCUCUCUCUCUCUCUCUCUUAUCCCACUUUGUUAUGACACUAUUUUUGAUUGCAUGAUAUUAUGAUUCAUCCUUAAUUUUUAUUCAGAAUGUUGAAUCUUUAUGUAGUUCACAGUUUUGUAUUUUGCACAUUUAAGAUAUCAUUUAUCUAUCUGACUUAAUUUUUUUUUCAUUUGUACAUAUGGUGCUUGUGAUGACGAGGGCAUGAUGGCCACACCAAGUCACGAGUGGCCUUGCAUGUACAGUAGGGCAUCCUGCUUUUAAGGCAGCGUGAAAUCAGAGGAAACUAGAGGAACAAUUCGGAUUGGGUUUUUUUUAGAGAAAGGAGACACUGUUACCUUGCCUCCGUCUAAUUUGAGCCAAAAAAGUGUGACAGAUGCAAAUGAAAAAAAAAUCUGAAUGUGUGUGGUAAACAAGGCUGAAAACGUUUUGUACAUGUUUCAUUCUCUAUCAGAUUUUAUGUUAAUAAUCAGUUAAUAGACUUAGUUACUUUUCUUUUCAUAUCACAAGUAUUCUAUACCCUUUUUCAUCUGUUUUACUGCAAACACUUGUGUGUGAGCACCAAAGGAUGAUCUCAGGAGACGUUUGCAAGCAUUUCAGCACCACAAUCCUGCCCUAGUGUUCUGACAGUAUUUAUGCUGUUCUGUGGGAUCAUGGGAACUCUGUGUCAUUGUUCCAAAUGUUCCUGGUCACUUUCCUGAAGAUUAAAUCAGUUUUCCUUGCUAUUUUAAAGUGAGGGAUUGAAGCACUUUUUGUAACAAGUUGCCAACAAAUCAGCAUUUCUUUUCGCCAAUAUCUCGUUUCUGGUGUAUGUACAGUAGCUACCAAAACGAGGCAAAAGGCCUUCAGAGCAGAUGUUUGCAUUGCUCCCAGGGAAGAUGUAUACCAAACCUCCAGUGUUUCCAGUAUUGUGAGAUUUCUGUAUGUACAGUAGUUGCCUUGAAUUGUAAACCAUUCCAAUUAGUACAGAUCUUUGUAUGGCUUCAUUUUGACAGUUCAGAUAAAUUCAUCUGAAUGCAGACAGCUCAGUCCAGACAAUAUGCUGUUCAACAACUCCCCUGUCUUAUGAAACUGUGAUUGUCCUGGUAAUGGAUAGAAAGGGGCCAACAUUCGCCAUGUAUUCAGCACAUUUAUGUUCUCACAGUCCUGUUUUCAGGCUGUGAGAGAAACACACGUGGCUCCUACUUUGUGCCAUAAUGAUAUGUCAGUUGAGGAUAUGUACCACACCAUUUAAUCUUUGAAA